GGGCCGUAGGGGCGGUGGCGGCAGCGGCGGGCGGCCCAGGCGGGAGUGGUGCCCGGGCCCGGCCUCACCCACACCCCCCAUGGCGGCCACUGCCCGAGACCCCCUCUGCGCCGCCGGCAUCGAUGAGGCGGACGAAGCGGUGCGGGGAACGUGCGAAGACGCCUCCGUCUGCAAACGGUUUGCUGUGAGUGUUGGCUACUGGAAGGACCCCUACAUCCAGUAUUUUGUGAGACAAGCCAAGGAGAGAAAAGCACCUGAAAUCAACAGAGGCUACUAUGCUCGUGUUCAUGGAGUCAGUUACCUGAUUAAAGCUUUUCUGAAGAAGACAGAAUGCAACUGUCAAAUUGUUAACCUGGGUGCUGGCAUGGACACCCUGUUCUGGAGAUUAAAGGAUGAAAAUCUUCUCCCUCGGAAAUAUUUUGAAGUGGAUUUUCCAAUGAUAGUGGCAAGAAAAAUACACAAUAUCAAAUCAAAACCUCCCCUGUCAAAACCAAUUAUGGAAUCCCAUUCAGGGGACUCUCUUCUAAUAGAUUCCCACAGCCUGGACUCCAGUCGCUAUUCCAUAGUAGGAGCAGAUCUCCGUUUCUCAUCAGACCUGGAAGAAAAGCUAAAGAAACAUAACUUGGACAUACAUUUGCCAACAGUUCUGGUGGCAGAGUGUGUGCUGGUUUACAUGACACCACAGCAAUCUGCAGAUCUCCUCCAGUGGGCGGCCAGCGCUUUUCCGGUGGCGAUGUUUAUAAAUUAUGAGCAGGUGAAUAUGAUGGAUCGGUUUGGACAGAUCAUGAUUGAGAACCUGCAGAGAAGACAGUGUAACCUGGCUGGAGUGGAAGUCUGCAGAUCCUUAGACUCUCAGAGGGAACGAUUGCUGCUGAAUGGCUGGGAAACUGCACAUGCCAUUGACAUGAUGAAAGUGUACAGCUCUUUGCCCCAGGAUGAUGUCAAAAGAAUAGAAGGACUUGAAUUCCUAGAUGAAAAGGAGCUGUUUGAACAACUAAUGCAGCACUACUGCAUCUGCUGGGCUUCAAAGGACAGCAGUAACCUGGGUCUUGCAAACAUCACGUUCUAGUGUCCCUGCUGGAGGGAAGCCACGGGCCCUGCAGCCAUAGGGGCUGCCUUGCAUGGGUGACAAGACACAGGAAGGAUGGGACUUGGCCUCUGCCACCUUCAGCGGCGUGAGCGGCAGCACUGCAGGAGGCAGGGGAGCUGCUGCUUCCUUGGUCCUCUCUGGUGGCCUCUGUCCUCUCUGAUGGCCUCUUGGCUCCUGGUAAUUUUAACAAAUCCUUUUAGCCCCUUGUGAGCAAUUGUUACAGGACCAGACUCACCUCCCACUCCCGGAGAUAGCUCGUGACGGGCGUUCCUGAGAUGUUGGUAAUUCCUGAUUAAAAGCUUCCCUUCCUUAGUUUGAAACUGGAAGUAAGGUGUUCUUGGAGU